AACAAAAUGAGCUCCGAUAUAGAAUCGACGUGCGAACUCCUUAAGGAACGCUUUGAUCGAGACGCCCGAUUUCACUACCGAAAAUUGAUCGCCUCUGGGAGCUAUGGUUCUGCCCAUCACGUACGAUAUACCGAUCCGAGUAGACCGGACUUAACGGAUUUCUUAGUAAAAAAAGCUUUCGGCAAUAGGGACGCAAUGUCUAUGAUGAGGUCAGAGAGACAAUAUCUGACGAGGUUGCGCGGCGCCAAGCAUAUAGUUAAAAUACUCAACAUCGAAAACAAUCCCCUAGUAGAUGAUCCAGAAGCUUUUUCUAUCCGACGCAACAGCGGAACCGGCGAGUGGAUUAUAUUAGAAUGGAUACCAAAUGGCACGAUGGCAGAUUUCAUAGUCAACGCCUCCGACCUUGGAGUAGAAUACCUCCCGAAUCGUUUACUCUGGAGGUUCUUCUUCUGCUUGGUAAGAGCCUGCUGUGGUUUGGCCUGGCCCAAUAAUCGCACGGACGACCUAGUAGUGGACGAAGUCCCAGUACCGGGCGUUCCACCCUCGGGUAUUGAACAUAAAGACCUUCACCAUGGGAAUAUCCUUAUGGGUGACUUUCUUCCCGAACCAGAGCACGGAAUCUCACCGAUUGUAAAGUUCGUCGACUUCGGUCUGGCCGGCGAGUGGACUUUUGCGCAUGGUGCAUAUCGUCAUGGCGUGGCGCGCAACGUAUGGGAUAUUGGCCAGGCCAUGGUCAAGUUUAUUACUAUGAAUCCAUACAUACGAGUCUCUAGGCCGGGUGAGGGGCAGCACACAGAGAUAAAUCAUAUGGGUGUGAGAAUCGAAACAAUGGCCACUGCGAUUCUUCCAGUCGGUAGCCAGGGCGGGCCAAAUCCCUGGCUUGACGACGAUUUGACGUUCGCCGUCGCUAGGUGCCUAGCGUCGGAUCCUGGACAGCGUCCGAACCUACACACCUUAUUCGCUUGGUGCUCGCUUGCAGCGAACAGAGGCGAAGAUCAUUAUCGUGGUGUUGCGACGGAAACAGACGCGGUCGUAAAAAGCCUCUGUCAAGAAAUCAUUACUGGUCCCCCAAGAAGGUAA